AUGAUCAUGACGGCUGCCCACGCAUUCCGCUUGGUGCUCGUCACUUCACUGUGUUCCUUUGACUUCUUCCGCAGGGAGCUCGUCAACGUCGAGUUCAGUGACUUGACGAAUUACAUGGCAGAGCUCAAGUUGAGUCAGAGGUCUGAGGAGAUGCCUGGUCUCAGGUCAGGCCUGAAGCGCGAGGAUGACGUAAAAUGGCCGGACAGUCAGCUUCUGGCUUCUUCAGUGCUCCUGUCAAACUCUUUCAGAGUUGAAUGCUGCAAGACUGCAGCAGAGCAAGGUUCACCCAGCUGCGGGAUUGCGAAGCACCACUUCCGAGCGGAGCGAUUGAUGGAGCAGCAUGACCCCCAGAGACACAUGCAUGUCUGGAAUCAAUCACAAGAAGAAGUGGAGAUCUUCUUUGACUCAGGACCUUUUGCAGGAAUCCGUGCAUCUAGACGAGACAUCCACGUGAAAUACACGAGGAGGACCCUUUUUGUGCGGCUACGAGGCCGUGUCCUCUGCAACAUCGCGCUGGCCGGCGAGGUUGAUCCUCAAGGCUGCUGCUGGACUUUCGACCGUGAUCGGUACUCCUUGCAGGUAACACUGUGCAAGUCCAGUGCGACGGUGUGGAGCGAAUUGGUCGGACCGCAGGCAGCCAAGGCCGAUCAGUGCUUUCGUGGAUGCUGGCGAAAGGACGUGGAACAGCAUGUUGAAGAACCGCAACCAUGCUGCUGCUGA